UUAAUUGAUUGAAAGAAAAAUCAAACAAAAACGUACAAUCAAUUUUCUUGGACAAUUCUUGGACAACAAGAAAGAUAAGCUUUCUCAUCCUUUUCAACACAUUAAAUUAUCUCAUUGGUAAUCAAUAAUUAAACAAUAUCCAUGUAUAUAUAAAAUGUACAGAAAUCACCGAUUCUCUUAAGCCCCAAUAUCAACAACAGCAACAACCAAAACUCCAAACAGCACAAUCAUGAAGCCCAGGCAACAACAAAAAAGGCUUUGUGAUUACUGUAAUGACACCACAGCUCUCCUAUAUUGCAGAGCUGACUCAGCCAAGCUUUGUUUCUCUUGUGAUCAUGAAGUCCACUCAACGAACCAGCUCUUCUCCAAGCACACUCGUUCACUGCUCUGUGAUGCCUGUCACGCAUCCCCUGUAUCAAUCUUCUGUCAAACAGAGCACUCUGUUUUUUGCCAGAACUGCGACUGGGAGAGACACAGUCUUUCUUCUUUGUCUUCAACACACAUUCGUAGGCCGAUUGAGGGUUUUACUGGGUGUCCUUCAGGGAAUGAAUUGAUGACAAUUUUGGGGUUUGAAGAGCUGGGUCUCAAAAAGUCUCUGUUUUUUAGUGAAGAAAGUGAUGGGUUUAUGGGGUCUGAACUUGAUGAUGGCUUUUCGGAUUUGUUUCUUUGGGAUAGCCCUGCUGUUUGCAUUGAUGAUUUGAUAGUUUCCAGUGAUUCGGGUUCAAAUUUCCAGACUUUAGGAGUCCCUCCUUUGCCUAAGAAUCGUAAUGCUGCUUGUGGGCAGCACAAGGAAGAAAUCCUUUGUCAGCUUCGUGAACUAGUGAGAUUGAAGCCUGAUCCAUAUGGAAAUGCAGACAUUGACCCUGUAAUCCUUCAAUCAAUGGAUGCUGAUCCGCAGCCACCGAAUUUAAAUACAAUUGGUGAUCCUGGGGCGUUCACUUCAUACAAGGAAAAUCUGCCUGAUUGGCUUGCUGAUUAUGGUGAAGCUGCAAAUCAAGUUCUUUUUCCUUCUACAUUACCAAGUAGCAACUUUGAGGAAAGUUGUGCAGUUCCUGACAAAGAUUUCAAUAUUAUUGGCAGUGCAAGUCACGUCCAUGAUGAUCAUGCAGCAGAGCCACAACAUCUUACAAUUGAAACAUUACCAGCUCUCCCAAAUGUUGUGACACAUGAAUUAAACAGCCAGGAGAGAGAUUCUGCUAUUUCACGAUACAAGGAGAAGAAGAAAACAAGGAGGUACAGCAAACAUAUCAGGUAUGAAUCCCGCAAGGUUCGGGCAGAAGGCAGAACAAGAAUUAGGGGACGUUUUGCUAAGAUGGAUCAUUGAAAGUGGUACUACAAGUAUCAAGUGUAUCUCAGGAUAGGGAACAUCACUAGGAUUACUGGACAUUUUGCUAGGAUGGAUGGCUGAGUUCUGGAAUAUACCGCAAUAUGUGCCAUUGUUUCGUAUGUUAGGGCAUAUCAUAUCAUAUAUUGUUCUAUCUGGUAAUGUUUCACUGUGUUUGUUGUAGCCACUGAAGCAAAAACUUUUGUAGAUCCUCAUAAAAUAGGGUUUUCUCGUCUCUUUAUUUUUUUGGUGAAGCUUCAGGCUUACAUUAAGCUGUUCCUUUACUUCCUUGGAUGGCCUUGACUUAGUUCUUUGUUUUAUUCUUUGUUAGGCCGUUUUGUAGCUGUUCUGAAUUUGGGUUUGGCUAAUUUUGGUCUUCUCAAGUAAUCUCAAUGCAAUGAAAAAUAAUAUGAUUUUUCUUAGAAA